AUGAAUAAUCAGGAUACAAAAUUACGGAUGAUGAAAAUGGCAUGCGAGGUAGGUGAAGGUAGGAGGGAAGAAAGUAUGGAAGGUAGGAGGGAAGGAAGGAAGAGCGAGAGCGAGAGAACGAGAGAGAGAGAGAACGAGAGUGAGAGAGGAGAACGAGAGAGAGAGAGAGAGAGAGAGAACGAGAGAGAGAGAGAGAACGAGAGAGAGAGAGAGAGAGAGAGAGAGAGAGAGAGAGAGAGAGAGAGAGAGAGAGAGAGAGAGAGAGAGAGAGAGAGAGAGAGAGAGAGAGAGAACGAGAGAGAGAGAGAGAGAGAGAGAGAGAGAGAGAGGAGAAAACGAGAGAGAGAGAACGAGAGAGAGAGAACGAGAGAGAGAGAGUGCGAAGCAGCACUGCCUCUAGACGCGCGUGAGAUCCUUUGA